AUGGACUUGGGUUCCGACUCCCAGGGUCAGCCUGGGAGUAAUGGCAACGAGACCACGUCACAAGCUCAACUUGGAUGGGAGGAAAAUACCACAAAAUAUGCGGCAGAAAGUGAUGAUAUAGUCGAAAUGCGGAGGCGGAUCCACGCAAUUUGGAAAUUAAAUGUUUCAAGCCAGGAAAAAGCCCGGUUGAUGCAUGAAAUCAUGACAGAAGGGUAUUAUUCCGCGGUCAAGUCCCGCUCUCCUCCACCCACACCCCAAGGACAUGAUGCCCCUUGUACUCCAGAGUCAUCAAGAAAGCAACGAGCGCUGGGCAAUCUUUCGUCUAGUUCAGAGUCGGACAGUGGCAUAUCCGGAAGCCCGUAUUACCUAUCGCAGGAAGACUUGGAACGAACAUACUUUUGCAGGUCUGUUAAUGAUAACCAACCUGCAGAUGACCCGUUUACGGACAAUCUUGAAGAAGCCGCAUCCGAUGAAGUCGUCGAGCUAGGCUGCAUGCACUACAAAAGGAACGUGAAGAUUCAAUGCUUUACGUCGAAUCUCAUACCCUUGAUCGAAAGAAGACAGAAAACAUGCUUUGCAUGCUAUGUUAUUCUCCACAGCCUGCAGGCCAAUGGUGCAAUUCCUGUGGCGCCCAAUCAGCCUUUUAUUAUUGCUCUAUAUGUAAACUCUGGGAUGAUGAUGCUGAAAAAAGCAUAUACCAUUGCGGUGAUUGUGGCAUUUGUCGCCUUGGUCAGGGACUUGGAAAAGAUUUUUUCCACUGCCAGGUAA